UAUUUUUUUUCUUUAUGCCUGACUCCCAAUCUAGCUCAUUCCAAAGAUAAACUAACUCACUCUCACAGCUGCAGUUUAUUAAUCACAGUGGGUUUAAACUGUGUGCUGAUGUGUAUUUUAACUAGCUAUCAUAAACAUAUCAUCACAGUUUACGUGGUUAGCCUAUCGUUACCUUUUUUUAUUUUAGUAAAAUCUCCGUAUAUCCAUCUCUGUUUUAAAAUCAGCUGAAGCUGCUGCAUCCCGAUCCCGCUGCUAAAUCUCACAGCGAGGGGACGGGGCUUCCCCAACAGGAAACUGCCUCUGCUCCGCGCGCCGCAGCAAGCAGAUUGGCUGUUUGUACUGAGAGGCGGGACUUAAUACCUGAACCAGCUCCGUGAUUGGUCCGGUCUAGGGAUGCAAAUGAUUAAUCGACUUUAGAUUAAUUGUCGAUCAAGAGUUUGCUCGAACAAAAUGUAUUAAUCACGAUUAACCGCUAGAGGGCGCUGCUGUAGUAACUUGAACAGAGCGUGAGAACGAGAGGUGAACACGUCUCGCGAGAGACUGGGGUUGAAAACAAAAUGAAGCGGGCGAAAAGAAGUGCGGUGUGGGACCAUUUCAACAUUGUUAAUUUAGGCAAAGAAGUCAAAUGUUCUCUGUGUAAUGCGGUAUUAAAAUACAACAGUUCUACUAGCUCACUCAGUUAUCAUUUGAACACCGUGCAUGCAGCUCUCUUGCAUGGCACCAGUGCACCUGGUCAACCUAAAAUCACAGCUACACUGGGAAGGCGAGCGUGUGAUGAGAGAAGGGCAGAGGGCAUAACAGAGAGGAUAUGCAGCAUGAUCGAGAGAGAUUUGAUGCCAAUCAACACAGUUGACGGUGCAGGAUUUCAGGAUCUCAUUGCGUUCCUAGAGCCAGGCUACAAUACCCCUUCGAGGCCAUCAAUAACCUCCCGCCUCGAAGCUCGCUACGAAAAAAAGAAGGGUGAGCUAAAAACAAAGCUAGCUACUACUACUGCUGUAGCCCUGACAACAGAUUGUUGGACGGCUCUAACAACAGAAAGUUACAUUACCGUGACGUGCCACUACACUGACGAGAACUGGCAGCUAAAAUCUGCAGUCCUGGUUACGACGAACAUGUCGGAUAGACACACCGCUGACAAUUUAGCUGACAAGCUCAAUGAUGUUGUGGAGACUUGGGGACUCUCCAGUCGCGUUACAGCGUGUGUUCACGACAACGCUAGAAACAUUGUCCAAGCAAACAACCCCACACGAGUCAGCUGGAAAUCAGUUGCAUGUUUUGCACACACGCUAAAUCUCGCAGUCAAUGAUGGCUUUGCUGCUGCUGGGAUAAGCAGAGCAAUAGUGGCAGCGGGAAGGUUGGUGAAACAUUUCCACCACAGCACAAUCGCAGCCAAAGCCCUGGAAGAAAAGCAACAGCAAAUGUCGCUUCCACCGCAUCGCCUCAUUCAAUCCUGUAAAACCAGGUGGAACUCUGUCUUUGACAUGUUUCAGCGCCUAGUCGAACAGCGGUGGGCCGUGUCAGCCGUGUUAUCAGACCGGUCCGUGACAAAACUGGCAGAUGCGAGGACGCUGGAGUUGAGAGACGACUACUGGCAGCUAAUGGAAGAUAUGGCACCCGUGUUGGGAACCCUGAAGUGUGCAACUACGGUGAUGUCUGCCGAGUCGGAGGUGUCAAUCUCAAACACUUACCCCAUCACCUUCAGUCUAAUAAACAAUCACCUCGGCGCUGCAGACGGAGACAGCCAAAAAGUCGCAGAGUUCAAGGAAAGAGUGCGAGAUUCGCUGGGCGAGCGCAUGAAGAUUAAGUCAGAUAACCUCGACUCAUCCACCCCUAUGGUCGCAACUAUGCUUGACCCUCGCCACAAACACCUGGGAUUUCUACCUCCAGCUACCAGGAGGUCAGCUCAUUCCAAACUGCUUGAACUGGCUACAGCUGAACGCGACAGCGUCACAGCAACAGGUGCCGCCGCCGCUGGAGACGACGUGAACACUGUCCAGACAGCAGCGCCUCAGCUACAUGGGUCUACAUCUGCUAUGAGUUUACUCCUGGGUGAAACCUAUUCCAAUGCCCACAAAGGUGGCGUGGAGAGCGAAGUGGACAUGUACUUAAAGGACCCUCCUGCACUUCUUGAGCAGAACCCCACAUGCUGGUGGAAAGUGAAUGAAGGGAGGUUUCCGACGCUGGCAAAACUAGCAAAACAGUAUUUGUGUACGCCAGGCACAUCAGUCCCAUCUGAGCGUGUAUUUUCAGCAGCUGGCCUAACUGUAAAUAGACUGCGCACACGCCUUACCCCUGACCACGUUAACAUGCUCAUUUUCUUGAACAAAAAUAUAUAGGUCCAGUUGUGAUAUGAGCUGUAUAGCCAUUUGUCACAUUUCAGACACGAAAGGGUAACAUGAUUUGAUCAUUACUUUAUUUGCUUGUUCUGGUUUGAGGCCCUGUAAUGUUUUAUGUUGUGUCCAGGGACCCUGUGAACAUUUCAUUCUAUUUUGCUGUAACCCUAUACAAAUUAAGGCAGAAAAUGUUGUGAAUGAUUCAGUUGAGGAUUGUUGAGGAUUUCCUAAUUAAUAGCCUAGAUGCAGUUUCUUCAUAAUCUAUAGGCUCAAUAAUAUUCUGUUUGGCUGUCUAUUUAAUUUCUUCUAUUCUUUUUUUUUUAAUAUGUCUAAUGUUUCAAAUGCAAGAACUGAGCCAGUCCUUAAUUUAUUUCUUUUUUUUUUUAAUUAAAGAAUGUAUUUUGUUAUACCAUAAAAAAAACGUCUGCUUUCUUUUCCUAAUGCAUAAUUACUUGAGGAAUAUAUAAUAUAAUAUAAUACAAUAUAAUUAUCAUAAUAUAAUAUGCACUUUUUGAACUCAGUGUUUUAACUAUUUAGCUGAUAUUUUUAAAGCCCCUAUUGAAACACUGAAAUUCAGGUGAAAAACGCCGCUUAUCAAUUAAUCGAAAGUCGAUCGAUAAGAUCAAUCAACUAAUGAUUAAUGAAUUAAUCGAUAAUUUGCA